AUGCACACUCGAAGUUCUCAAGGAAAGGACCUUGUUUACAAUCCAGAGAUUGAACGCACUGCUCGUCUACACCGUAAAGAAGCAGCCCAACGCCGAAUUACGGAAUCCACAUCCUCUCAGUCACUACCACCAUCGCCACGAUCUAGUUUGGACGAAGAGGAAGAGCAGCAUAUUUUUGAGGAUAACGCAAUGGCUGAAGAGGAGAAACCACUCAAGGCUUCUUUUGUCCCUACAAAUCUAGCUCAGCCGUCUUGCAUUGCCUUUACUCCCACUGCGGCAUCUACAUAUAGCAUAUCUCCUCAAUUGAUCAAUUCUGUACCACACUUUUAUGGAAAGUCGAUGGAGGAUCCGAACAUGUACCUUCGGGAAUUCUAUGAUCUGUGUAGGACACAGAACAUCCAACACCUAAAUGCCGAGGGACUCAGGUUAAUUCUUUUUCCCUUCUCUCUAAAGGAUGAUGCUAAGUGGUGGUUAAAUUCUUUGCCAGCAGGAUCUAUUACCACAUGGGAUCAACUGGCUACCAAGUUCAUCGCAAAGUAUUUCCCUGCUCAGAAAACAAGGCAAUUGAGAAAGGAGAUAAAUGCCUUCCAGCAGAAAGAUGGAGAUUCUUUUCAUGAAGCAUGGGUGCAUUUUAAUGAGUUGCUUCGCAAGUGUCCUCAUCAUGGUUUUUCCAAAGAUGACCAAGCUCAAUCCUUUUAUGAAGGCUUGAACGAUGCCAACAAAGUCUUAGUGGACUCAGCAUGUGGGGGAGCUUUCAUGAAUAAAACAAGUAAUGAGGCUUUUCAAAUAUUCGAGACUUUAAGUGAAAAUUCUCAGCAAUUCUCUACUGGAGGAAGGCAAGGAUCAAGGAGUAGGAGUGUUUAUGAAGUAAAUGUUCGAGAUGGAUCUUCCUCACAAAUAGCAGCUAUUGAAAAUAAAUUAGACAUGCUAAUGAAGACCAUACUCCCAAUAAGACAAGCUACUCAAAGUGAGGUAUGUGCUAAAUGUUUCAAUAUUGAUCAUACAACUGAAACUUGUCACAUGUAUUCUACAGAGCUGGAGCAAGCUAACUAUGCGGCACAAAGGUCAAGGUAUAACCCUUACUCCAAUACUUAUAAUCCGGGUUGGCAUGACCAUCCAAACUUAAGAUGGAGUAACAAUGACAAUGUCCAACAAGCAAUUACUGCACCUCAAGGCUCGAGCCAAGGACAGAUAGCUCGAGCUAUGAAUCCUCCAGCACUUUUGCAACGUGCACCUGGUAAGUCACUUGAAGAUUUGGUUAUGACUAUGGUUGAUAGCACUAAUUCCUUUAUACAGAAAGCGGAUAGUCGUUUCCAAAAGCAAGAUAAGGCUAUAGAGAACCUUGAGAGACAAAUGAGUCAAGUUGUGACUGUUCUUUCUCAAAGGGAACCGGGUAAACUCCCUAGCCAAACCGAAAUUAAUCCUAAAGGAGUAAACCCUGAACAAGCAGCGGCUGUGACUUUGAGGAGUGGAAAGCACGUUCUGGACAAACCAAUGUUGAAUAACAAAGGAAAGAAUGAUGUGGUAGAGGAGGAGGACAAAAGGGACACAAUUCUUGGGCAAAAGGAGAUGGAAAAAAAUAUUGAGGAGAAGCAAACAACCGACCAUCAGGUAACCAAUGCUUCAAAUUCGUAUACUGUGCCCAUUCCUUUCCCUCGCAGGUUCAUGAAAACCAAGAAGGAGCAACACGAAAAAGAUAUCUUGGAUACCUUUCGUAAGGUCCAAGUAAACAUUCCUCUCUUGGAUGCUAUAAAACAAAUUCCCAAGUAUGCGAAAUUUCUUAAGGAGCUUUGCACUAACAAGAGGAGAUUUGAAGAACAUGAAACAGUAGCUCUAAGUGAGGAGGUGUCAGCUGUGCUCCAACGUAAACUACCUCCCAAAUUGAAAGACCAUGGAAGCUUUACCAUACCGUGUACCAUCGGUGAAAAAAGGUUUGAAAAAGCCUUACUUGAUUUAGGUGCUUCUAUAAAUUUAAUGCCUUUUUCUGUUUAUGAAGCACUUGAUCUAGGUGAGCUUCAAGAGACUAGUGUGGCUAUUCAACUCGCGGAUAGAUCACUUAGACGAUCAAGAGGUUUGUUGGAAGAUGUUUUGGUACGUGUGAAUGAAUUGAUCUUUCCGGCCGACUUCUUUGUGUUGGAGAUGGAAGAAGCUGUUAUGCCGGUCUCCUUACCCCUCAUAUUUGGUCGGCCCUUCAUGAGAACUGCGCGUACCAAGAUUGAUGUCUAUGAAGGAACCUUGUCCAUGGAAAUUCAAGGAGAAAAAAUCGGCUUUAGAAUUUUCGAAGCAAUGAGGUAUCCUUGUGAUGAUCAAUCCUGUUUUUCCAUUGAUACUUUUGAUUAUUUGGUGCAGGAUACAUUCAAUACAAGCAUGGGUGAUGACUCUUUAAAAACUGUGCUGGAGUUGGGUUUGUUACCAUGCCAACAAUCAGCCAUCACAAUGACCACCCAAGAAGCUAUUGGGUGUGAAGAAUUGGAGAGUUCGGUGGCUGCCCUUGAAGCUUUGCCACGGAUACAAGGUAAGUAUUAUUCUCCUUUUAUUUCUCUUCCAAUUUCUAAUGAAAAACUUGUACCUUCUGUGAUUGAGGCACCAAAAUUGGAGCUUAAACAGCUACCGGACCAUCUACAAUAUGCAUACUUGGGAGACAAUGAGACACUACCAGUUAUUAUCGCAGCUAACCUUUCGGUAGAGGAUAAAGAUAAGCUGAUUCGAGUUCUCAGAGAGCAUAGAACAGCAAUUGGCUGGAGUAUAGCAGAUAUCAAGGGCAUAAGCCCAACCACAUGCAUGCAUAGAAUACUUCUUGAGGAAGGAUCAAAACCUACAAGAGAAUCCCAACGUCGAUUGAACCCUCCUAUGAUGGAAGUGGUAAAGAAAGAAGUUCUCAAACUUCUUGAUGCCGGUAUGAUAUACCCUAUCUCUGACAGUAAAUGGGUGAGUCCUGUACAAGUUGUGCCCAAACGAUCUGGAAUAACAGUUGUCAAGAACAAGGACAAUGAACUAGUGCCUCAACGUUUGCAAACGGGCUGGAGAGUGUGCAUCGACUAUCGCAAGCUCAACAAUACUACGCGUAAGGAUCACUUUCCUUUACCUUUUAUUGAUCAGAUGCUUGAGCGUCUUGUAGGUCAUGCAUAUUAUUGUUUCUUGGAUGGCUACUCGGGCUACAACCAAAUUGCCAUAGCUCCGGAAGAUCAAGAGAAGACGACAUUCACUUGUCCCUUCGGAACAUUUGCGUAUAGGAGGAUGCCUUUCGGUUUAUGCAACGCGCCUGCCACAUUUCAACGUUGUAUGAUGAGCAUAUUUUCUGACAUGGUCGAAAAAAUUAUUGAGGUAUUCAUGGAUGAUUUUUCAGUUUUCGGUAAUUCUUUUGACCAUUGUCUUCAUAAUUUGUCGCUUGUUUUAAAACGUUGUCAAGAAACUCACCUUGUACUUAAUUGGGAGAAGUGUCACUUCAUGGUAACACAAGGCAUAAUUUUAGGCCAUAUUAUAUCUCUUAAGGGUAUUGAAGUUGAUAAAGCAAAGAUAGAUCUUGUUCGUUCUUUACCACCCCCUACAUGUGUGAGGGAGGUUCGUUCUUUUCUUGGUCAUGCAGGUUUCUAUCGACGCUUCAUCAAGGAUUUCUCAAAGAUUACAAGGCCUCUUUGCCGCCUACUUCAAAAAGAAGUGGAAUUUGAGUUCAAUGAAGAAUGCAAAGUGGCGUUUGACAAGCUUAAGGGAAUGUUAACGACAGCCCCUAUCAUUGUGCCACCAGAUUGGAGCCUUCCAUUUGAAUUAAUGUGCGAUGCAAGUGACUACGCGGUGGGCGUUGUUUUGGGACAACGAGUAAACAAGCUGCCUCACGUUAUCUACUAUGCAUCUCGGACUCUCAAUGAGGCUCAAAUCAACUAUACCACCACAGAGAAGGAGCUACUUGCUGUUGUUUUCGCUUUAGAUAAAUUUCGAUCAUAUCUUAUAGGCACUAAAGUGAUUGUUUUUUCUGACCAUGCAGCAUUAAAAUAUCUUCUCACAAAAAAGAAUGCUAAGCCUAGACUGAUUCGAUGGAUGCUCUUGCUUCAAGAGUUUGAUAUUGAAAUCAAAGACAAGAAGGGGUGUGAGAAUGUUGUGGCGGAUCAUCUCAGCCGCAUGACACAUACUCGAACUUGGGAAGGUGAGGUUUUACCCUUACAAGAACAAUUUCCAGAUGAACAAAUUUUUGCUAUGCAGGUUGCGGAUCCUUGGUAUACGGAUAUCAUCAAUUAUGUUGUUACCAAGAAGAUUCCGGCGGACUUCACUAGAGCACAAAAGGAUAGACUUGUCACGAUGGCAAAGUACUAUGUGUGGGAUGAUCCAUAUUUAUGGAAGCAAUGCCCGGAUCAAGUGAUAAGAAGGUGUGUACCCGAAAGUGAGUUUGAUUCUAUUCUAACUUUCUGUCACUCUUAUGCAUGUGGAGGCCACUAUGGAGCUAAGAGGACAGCUCUUAAAGUACUUGAGAGUGGUUUUUAUUGGCCAUCAUUGUUCAAGGAUGCAUAUCAUUUUUGUAAGACUUGUGAUCGUUGUCAAAGGACAGGUAAUAUUGGCCCAAGAAAUCAAAUGCCACUAAACCCAUUCAAUAUUGUUGAAAUCUUUGAUGUUUGGGGCAUUGAUUUCAUGGGUCCCUUUCCUUCUUCUCAUGGAUUCCUUUAUAUACUUCUCGCUGUAGAUUAUGUUUCUAAGUGGGUGGAGGCACAGGCCACUCGGACUAAUGAUUCUAAAGUUAUUCUCAGUUUUCUUCAAGCUAAAAUCUUUUCAAGGUUUGGUACGCCUCGAGCUAUUGUCAGCGAUGGAGGAACUCAUUUUUGUAACAGAUCUUUUGAAGCUUUGUUGAAGAAGUAUAAUAUCACUCACAAAGUGUCUACACCAUACCACCCUCAAACGAAUGGUCAAGCAGAAGCUUCGAAUAGAGAGAUUAAACACAUUCUAGAAAGAACCGUCAAUACAAACCGAAAAGAUUGGAGUGAUAGGUUGGACGAUGCUUUAUGGGCAUAUAGAACUGCCUACAAGACCUCCAUUGGCAUGAGUCCUUUUCGGUUACUAUAUGGGAAGUCAUGCCAUCUUCCAGUGGAGCUUGAACACCGUGCUUAUUGGGCCAUCAAGAAGUUCAAUUUUGAUAUGAGGUUGGCGGGUGAUCAUAGACGUCUUCCGUUGAACAAACUUGACGAGUUAAGGACUGAAGCAUAUGAGAAUUCUCGAAUUUACAAGGAGAAGACGAAGGCGUUUCAUGAUAAGCUAAUUGCCAAGAAGACCUUUGAAGUUGGCCAGAAAGUCCUUCUCUUUGAUUCUCGACUUAAGUUGUUUCCGGGUAAACUUCGCUCUCGUUGGUGUGGACCAUUUGUUGUUACUAAUGUUUUCUCUCAUGGUGCAGUUGAAAUUCAGAAUCCAAAAACAGGGAGCACUUUUAAGGUGAAUGGGCAUCGGCUUAAGCCAUACCUUGAGUUGGUCACAGAGCGGUUGGUGGAGAAUGUACCUCUCCGUGACCCUGAUGUUAGUGCAUGAUUUGUGGUGCCGUCUGGCUGAAGACGUUAACUCAAGCGCUACUUGGGAGGCAACCCAACAAGGGAGAAGAAGGCUACACUCUCGUAACUUUUCUUUUCUUUUCAGUUUUAAUUUCUAAUAGCUAGUUGUGUUUCCCUCUUUCCAUGCUUGGCUUAGCUUGUUCUGUGUUUUAAUUUCUUAACAUUGGGACAAUGUUUAGUUUAGGUUUGGGGGUGCGGGAAAUGUUUAGAGUCCAGGUUUAGAGUCAGUCAAAAAAAAAAAAAAAAAAAAAAAAAAACUGUUUUGAAACCUUGAGUUGAAGUGCUACUUUUGCUUACUAAUGGAGAUGUAUAUGGUGUGCAUUGAUCAAUAAUCUUUGACUGAGAGAGUGUCACGUAGGGAUUGCAUCAUAGAUGAUUCAUUUAAUUGUGUUGUGCUCUUAAUAUCUUGGUGGACAAGGAUGCCAUAGCAGAAUGAACUGCGGAAAAAUAGUGGAGACUACCUUGUGAGAUUUUUGAGCCUAUACUGAUUUUUUCUGAGAGAUGCAUUGUUAUUUCUAUUCUUAAACACUCUCAACUUCAUCGUUUAGAUUGAUCUCACUAGGCCUUGCAUUGGAUACUAAAGAACUAAUCUCUAUACUGAUAUCAUGAUGCUUGCCUUUGCUUUUGAGUUGAAUGAACCCUGAAAGAUGAAGUUAGGCUAUGUGUGUCUUACCCUUGUUAAACCUUUUGAAUUCAUUACCUUUUGUGUGCGCCGUUUACCCUGUUGAAACCAAACACUUAAGCCUUUUCUUUCAUUACCCUCAACUUAUCCAGCUUGCCCUGUUCUGAACCUACCCUGUAGCUUGAGCUAUGUUAAGGUAAUCUUGUAGAAAUUCGAGGUUGAGCUGGAAAUAAAAGAAAAAAAAUAUGGUGUGUACCGAGGCAGAUUGUGCUUUGAUUGGAAGAAAGAAAUAUGUUGUAAUGAAAAAAAAAAAAAAAAAGAAACGAAAUUGGAGUUGAGAAGAAUAUGAGCUCACAAAUUAAGGAAAAAUCAUUUGAGCUCCCAAGUGAAAAAAAAAAAGAAAAAGAAGAAGAAGAAAAAGAAAAAGAGGGCACUGAAGGCCUGGACACCAAUUACAAAGUUUAUAAGCGGGCCAACCUAUUGUACUUCAUGAAUGCAAGACUACCCAUAAGCCUUACCUUACGUUACAACCAUAACAAAAGACCUAACUGAUUUUUGGGUGAAUUUCUCUUGGAAGUGAAGAUAAGUGUUAUGGUUUAUCUGUGCUCUUAGUAUCUGAUUUCUUUCGUGAGAUCUUCUUUCUAUAAAUGUGCUUCAUUGUCAUCUAUUCAUACGUGGAAUAUCCUUACCUAUUUCACAAAACUUCCGCCACUUAUGCUUGUGAGAGAUUUCAAGCCCUAGGUUCUGAGUGAACUAAAAGAAAAUGAGAGAAAGUUAUCAUGUGAGGUAUAGAGUCGAGGCGAAUUUAUUCCAUGGCAUUCGGGUAUGGUGUUUCUUUAAGCUUGGAUUUUAUGAGUAUCUGCAUUAGUCUAUACAUUGUGAUGUAUUUCCUUAUAGUGGCAUGAUCUUAGUUCAUUGAGUACGAUUGACACACAUUGGUUUCUAUUAGUUUGUUUAAAGGAUGCCCUUUUACAAUUUUGGUUUCAUAAAUGUUUGUGGGUAUCGUUCUAGUAAACCCUCAGGAGACACAACUCCUCCUACUAGGGACACCUAGAGGUUUAAAGGCUUGUGACACACGCUAAGUGUCAUCGUGUUUCCCUACGAAAGUGGCCUAGGUUAUUAUUUAUCUUUUGUUUACCAUUUUGCUCGGGGACUAGCAAAAGUUCAGGUUUGGGGGUAUUUGAUAACACAUAUUUAUGCACAUUUUACAUCCCUUAUUCCUAUACUUUGCACUAGUUUCCUUUGUGAAAUUGGUUGUUUUGAUGUGUUUUGUGUAAGUUUUGAAGGAAUACGUC